AUGGCCGCCAACGUCGUAGCCGAGGAAGCCCGUGAGCGCGAGACGUUUCGAUACGACUCGUCUUUGAUCAACCAACUGUUUCCCAACCCGGACGAGGCGCCAAUCUUCCCCUCACAACUUACUCCCGACCCAUCCUUGACUGCCUUUGCAGAAUUGGGCGUGCACCGUCUCAACGCUUGCCGUGCCUUUGUUUCGCUCUUCGAUAGGCAGCAUCAGUAUAUUGUCGCCGAGGCUACGCCUACGACUCCGCUCUCACCGGGUAGCAGCGCUGCUCAGCAGCCUAGCGGGCGGGAUGGACUCGAGGCGCAACUCUUGCUUUGGGGCACCUCCCUGCCUCGCUCAAGUAGUAUUUGCGACCAUGUUCUUACGUCUUUGGCCCCGGGGGCUACUCAUGAGCGGAUAAAGUGUGGUCAGGAGCCUUAUCCGGAACUUCCUGUGACUGUUAUAGGUGACCUGGAAAACCACCCGUUCAUGGAGGGGGUAACCGCUUUGCCAUGUUGGCCACCUUACAAGUUUUAUGCUGGUGUUCCGCUCAGGACUCCAAAGGGAAUAUAUAUCGGUGUUUUUAGCGUGUUGGAUAUGGACGGCCGGGAGGGAGAGGACCCCAAUAUUUCUCCGAUCAUGCAGGACAUUUCGCGAACGAUUAUGGGAUAUUUAGAGACGCGAAGGUUUAGAGAUGGUCAAAGGAGGGCUGAUAGGAUGGUGAAGGGUGUUGGGAGCUUCGUACAGGGCAAGUCAACGACCUCGGGGUGGCAGGUUGCGCCUUGUGCCGAUGAAGCGGAAGAUCGGGCUGAUACUAAUGCUGGUGACGCAGAAGAAGAUCCAACAACUCAAGCAUCAGCUAGUAAGGACAAGAAGAGCCAUGUCAACGAUGCUUCUACCAAAUCUGCAAAGCACAUCUUCUCCAAGGCGGCAAAGAUUAUACGUGAAUCGAUCGAAGCCGACGGCGUGCUAUUCUUGGAUGCUGGAAUUUCAUCCUUUGGCGGACGAGCUACUGUCGGUGGAAUCGCGGGAAGUCGUGAUGGUGAGCGUCGUGCAUCCGCCACCAGUAUGCAUUAUGCAGCUGGAGCUCUGAAUAACUGCUCGUGCUGCAAGGUUCUCGGGUUCUCCACGUCAUACUCUUCCAGCAUUGAUGGGCACGAUCAGGAGCAAUGCUACAAGCAGCUCCCCGAACACGCAUUGGGCGAAUAUUUGAAGAAGUACCCCAGAGGCACCAUCGUCACAUUGAACGAACUCAACACACCAAAUGACACAACAGCUAUUUCUGAUGAAGGAACGCAGCCUGUCUUGGACAUUCCCCGGCAACCGUUAGGAUUGCAUCUGGACCUUCAAAAGGCGAAGUCGUCAGAAUCAAUGAAAUCCGAAUACGACAUGGAGGAUUUUGUGAGAGACUUGCUACCUGGGGCCCGGAACGUUGCCUUUUUCCCUCUUUGGGACCCCCAAAAACGCCGGUGGUAUGCUGGUGGUUUCGCAUACACCAAGAAAGCGUCACGCGUCUUGUCCGUGGAGGGAGAACUAAGCUAUCUUUUGGCUUUUGGCACUGUCAUCAUGGCAGAGGUGUUCCGGAUAGACUCCAAGGUGGUGGAACAAUCCAAAAUGGAUGUGUUGAGCUCCAUAUCUCACGAACUGCGUUCACCUCUCCACGGCAUCAUUCUCGGUGCCGAACUACUCCAUGAUACUGCUUUGGAUGCAUUCCAAGGAGACCUGCUGCACUCUAUGGAGACUUGCAGCCGUACUCUGCUUGACACUGUCGACCAUCUGUUGGACUGGAGCGGAGUCAAUAACUUUCUCUCGCCGACAUCCGUACCGCAAGACAAUGGCGACGUAGAAGAACGAGGAUUACGGUCGGGGAAAAUGGCAACUAUUGAAUCAGGCAUGAUGAGCAUAGUGUCACGCGUCAGUGUAGACUUGAUCGUGGAGGAAGUUGUGGAAAGUGUCUACGCAGGACGUAUUUUUCAGCUCCGGACGCUGGGGUCAAACGUGGCACAAACCGGAAAUCCAGCCGGCUCAGAAGCAAUGCAGCCAAAUGAGUUAGUUGACUGCUUGGCGGCACAAAAGGAAUCUGACAUCUCUACGAUAUGCGUCGACAUUGAACCCAACGCUUCGUGGGAAUUUUACUCACAACCAGGUGCAUUGCGUCGGGUCGUUAUGAAUUUGGUUGGCAAUUCGCUCAAGUUCACGACCAAAGGAUUUGUCAAGAUUUCUCUGGACCAGCCGCAGAUAUCACCAGCUGUUGGGGAGCAAGAGGGCACCUAUGUGCGACUAACAGUAACAGAUUCUGGCUGUGGAAUUGGCAAAUCGUAUCUCGAGAACGACAUCUUCACUCCGUUUAUCCAAGAGGACGGCCUCAAGCCAGGAAUGGGCCUCGGCCUCAGUUUUGUGGAAAGAAUUGUGACGGCACUCAAGGGGUCCAUCUCAAUACAGAGCGUGGUUGACAAAGGAACCAGUGUAUCCGUCACAAUACCACUUUCUCCCGUGGUGCCAGAAACCGCAACUCCAAGGCUGCGGAAUCCCGGUCACGAAUUUGAGUCUCAAAAGAACGAUUUGAAGGGCUUACGAGUGCUUCUUUUGGGCUUCCGUGAUACGCCAUCCGUUGAUAGUGACGACGGUGUGUUUGGAACGAAUGUUGUUGAACGCGAGGGAAUUGCGAAUAUAUGCCGAGAUUGGCUGCAAAUGCAGGUGGUAGAUCCAUCUCAAAGCAAUACUUUUAUACCGGAUUUGUUGCUAUGCGACGAGACGUAUUUGCACCUGAAUUCUCAUAUCCACACCCAGCGAAACGCCUCUUCACCUCCCGCAGUGGUCAUUUGCAAGAACGCGGUGUCCGCUCGCGACCUGGCAGAGAACAAAAUAUUCAAGCGCAGACCCAACGACCAAUUGUGGGAGUUUAGCGCCCAGCCUGUUGGUCCUCGAAAACUGGCCAAAGUCCUAUCACUGACAUUCAAGCGAUGGACAACUUACCAAGCAACUCUCAACCCCUUGUCGGCGGCUCAAACCCCCGAAGACGAAGACGGCCCUCGCCCAACCAACGCAACGGUCACCGUGCCGGAAACAAACUCGUACCACGCUGACGGAAUACCCGAGUCGGUUAUCCCAAACUCGUUUCAUGACAUCUCGCUGCCUGAACGAGUACGUCGAUCCACCCCCCUCGCAGCCAUAUACCCCGACUCAACCACAUCCGACAUCGACUCCAACCAACCAGGCACAAGUUUCCUACUCGUCGACGACAACCCCAUCAACCUCAAAAUCCUCAUCACCUACAUGAAGAAACUUCGACUACCCUACCGCACCGCCACAAACGGCCAACAAGCCGUCGACUUAUUCCGCGAAGGAAACGGUCUCUAUAAGUGUGUUUUCAUGGACAUUUCCAUGCCGGUGAUGGAUGGCUUCGAAGCAACGCGGCAUAUACGAAGCACGGAGAUGGAAAAGGGCUUGCAUCGGUGUACAAUCUUUGCGCUGACGGGGUUGGCGAGUGCGGAUGCGCAGCAGGAGGCAUUUACAAGCGGGAUCGAUUUGUUUUUGACCAAGCCAGUCAAAUUAGCUGAAUUGAGUCAGAUUUUGUCGGCGAGAUUCGGGUCAAUACAGAAUUGA